AGGCCAUUAACCAAUUUGAAACAGUUUUUAUUUUUUUUAUUUCUACCUAUUGUAACAAGUAAAGGAUUGAUUUAGUAUACACCGGAGAGUAAAAGGAUCCGCUUAUUUUCUAGAAAAGGUCACAAUAAACUUUCCAGUUCGAGCACAACAAGCUUCCCAGGUCAAACAACAAAGUCAAAAGAGAUGACAAAUACUGUUAGAAGUAAGCAGGAUUGGCAGGUGAGUAAGACCAACAUCAAGGAUCGGUUUAAAGAACUUUUACUACUUUCUCAAUGGACAGAUUGCACUUUUUCUGUCGGAGAUGAAAACAUCGAGAUUAUUACAUGUCACAAAUUAGUGCUUGCUGUAAGCUCUCCUGUUUUUGAGGCUUUGUUUUAUGGCGGAUUGUGCAAUAAGGAUGAGGUGAUCUCAGUGCCAGACAUACAACCUUAUAUUUUCAAGCAGUUUUUAAUGUAUAUUUAUUCGGAUUCCCUCGAUUUGAAAACAGUUGAGGACGCAGGCGGAUUGCUGUAUGUGGCUAAGAAGUAUUUGAUGCCACAGCUAGCUAGAAUAUGUAUAGACUACCUACUGGAAUCGACGGGUAUCAAAACCAUGUGGGACAUUCUGCUCAUUGCUGAAGCUCUUAACGAAGAAGAACUUUUAAGCAUAUGUCUUAAGGUGAUGGCAAGCUAUCCAUAUGAAGUGUGGUCUUCAGAAAAUGAACAUAUGAGUAGGAACACAUUGUCAAAGCUUCUCGAUCAGAAAAUUAUGAACAUGCGAGAAAUUGAACUUUGGAAACUUGUCUUAGAUUGGUGUCAGAAAGAGUGCCAAUUGAGUGGGAUCAAAUCUUCCCCAGAUAACAUGAGGUCAGUUCUGGAUUCAAUGGACGUUCUCAAGAAAAUUAGAUUUCUUGCUCUUCCACUGAAGGAAUUUGUUAAAGUGAGAGAAUCUGGGAUUUUGAAGAGGGAUGAGUGCGAUCUGCUUGAAUCUCUGAUUAUGAAGAAAGUCGGCCUUAUCGAGGACUUUCCAAUGCACCUGAACCCUGAAUACCUGCCGAGAACGGAGGUGAAGCCGUUGAUUUGGAGAUGCAACAGAGAACUGGUUAAAGGCGACCGCUCCCUCAUUUGCAGUGGGCCGAUGAAAACCAAACUCAAAUCCCAGUCAAAGGUCCUAGUCACGGGCUUUGAAGUCGUAACACGCAGUUCGACCAUAUCGUAUUCUUGUGGUUUGUAUAGAGAGAGAAUUGUGGCAGUUGUAGAAGAUGAUAAAGGAAACAUGCUCACUGAAGUUGAACAUGACGGUAAUGCAGAGUUCAACUCAUUCCAAACUGUAUAUCUCAAGCAGCCAAUUUGGUUUGAGGCAAACACUGUCUAUAACGUUCGGUGCAUCUUCUCCACAGGGGUUUAUCCUCUCUGCUGUUUUUCAUCUAUAAUACGUUCUAAAGGCACAACAUUCGAGUUUGAUGAUAAAACUGAAGCAGGAAAUUUUGUUACUAAAGGAAGCUUUAUUACUUCUAUUUUAUAUUCAAUAUAAAUGUCCUUUAAAUUUUCUCUAAAAUGUGAUAUUACAACAGUAGUAUAAAUAAAAAC